AGGUUGAGGGGUGGUGGGGAUGCCCGCUGUUAACGCGUCUUCUCCAGAUUCGUGCGCCACGCCGCCGCUCGGCUCUUGAAUGGAGGAAUGGAGGAAAUCCCGUUUCAGAAAGUCAAGACGCGGCGGAAGCGAAGCCGGCACUGUCCGCCCGGACUGCCCGUCCCCGCCAUCGCGUGUGAGGACGAGUUCGACUGUAAGGAGCUGGAGUCUCUGUUCCGCACCUAUAAUCUGAAGUUGGAGCAGACCUCUGCGCUCAAGGCGCUGGCUGUACUGUCGGCUCUGGCGUGUACGCUCGCCGUGCUGGAGGCGCUGUCCGGUCCGGGGCUCGCCGUGGCUAAGGCGUCUUACCCGGUGCACGGCGUGGUGUUCUCCUCGCUCUUCGUGGUCACCAAUGUCAAGUACCUGCGAGUGGGUCAGCUCCAGCAGAUCGUCAGUCUUACGCUGUUGUUCGCCUUUACUUUCGCUCUGCUGUGCUGCCCGUUCCCACCGGUGGUGCCCGGAUCGCACCCGCCGCCGCCGCCCGAGCAGGGGGUAUGGCAGCUCGCGCUGGUCACCUUCGUCGCCUAUGCGCUGCUGCCCGUGCGGACUCUCCUGGCAGUCAGCCUCGGGAUCAUGGUGGCCAUCUCACACAUUAUAGUGACAGCCACGUCGGUCACACUGAAGACGCACAAACUCUGGAGAGCGCUGGUGGCCAACACGGUGCUCCUCACCAGCGUAAAUCUGUCGGGUCUUUUUGUGCGGAUCCUCAGCGAGCGCGCUCAGAGGAGAGCCUUCCUACAGGCUCGCAACUGCAUUGAGGAGAGACUACGCAUGGAGGAUGAGAAUGAGAAGCAGGAACGACUGUUGAUGAGCCUGUUGCCCAGGAAUGUUGCGAUGGAGAUGAAAGAAGACUUCCUAAAACCUCCAGAAAGGAUCUUCCACAAGAUUUACAUCCAGCGCCACGACAAUGUCAGCAUCCUGUUUGCGGAUAUUGUUGGUUUCACUAGUCUGGCCUCCCAGUGUACUGCACAGGAGUUGGUGAAACUGCUGAACGAACUCUUCGGGAAAUUUGAUGAGCUGGCCACGGAGAACCACUGUCGACGCAUUAAGAUUUUGGGGGACUGUUACUAUUGUGUGUCAGGUCUGACGCAGCCCAAAACUGACCAUGCUCACUGCUGUGUGGAAAUGGGUCUCGACAUGAUUGAUACCAUCACGUCAGUGGCAGAGGCGACCGAAGUAGAUCUGAACAUGCGUGUGGGUUUACACACUGGCCGUGUCCUCUGUGGGGUUCUGGGACUCAGGAAGUGGCAGUAUGACGUCUGGUCUAACGACGUGACACUGGCCAAUGUCAUGGAGGCUGGUGGCCUACCUGGGAAGGUGCACAUCACACGUUCCACGCUGGAGUGUCUGAACGGUGACUAUGAGGUGGAGCCAGGCAACGGACGUGAGAGGAAUGCCUUUCUGCAGAAACAUGACAUUGAGACGUUCUUUAUAGUGCCAUCUCACCGCAGGAAGAUCUUUCCUGGACUGAUUCUAUCAGACAUCAAGCCUGCCAAAAAGAUGAAGUUUAAAACAGUGUGCUACCUGCUGGUUCAGCUCAUGCACUGCCGCAAAAUGUUCAAAGCUGAGAUCCCGUUCUCCAACGUGAUGAACUGUGAGGAUGGAGACAAGAGGAGAGCGUUCCGUUCGGCUCCUGAGAAGCUACGAAAUCGAACGGCGGUGUCGGCCAACGUGACCCAAAGCAGCCCUGGCACGAGGGUCAACCGCUAUAUUGGCCGGCUUAUAGAGGCCCGUCAGACGGAGUCAGACACAGCUGAUUUACACUUCCUCACACUGAUGUACAAGUGCUCUGAGCGAGAGAAGAGGUAUCUUCUCAUCCCUGAUGAAUACUUCACUGGAGCGGUCGUGCUCUCACUAAUUCUAGCUGCCUUGUUUGGCCUUGUCUAUCUUCUCAUCAUGCCACAGGGAACUGUAGUGUUGGUGCUGCUGGUUUUCUGCAUCUGUUUCCUUGUAGCUUGUAUCAUGUACCUUCAUGUCACUAGAGUGCAGUGUUUUCCUGGGUGCCUCACCAUACAGAUCCGUACGGUCCUGUGUGUGCUCAUAGUGCUCUUAAUCUACGCUGUGGCGCAAGCAUGUGUGGUAGGCUGCAUGCCAAGGUUGUGGGCCUCCAAUGUCAACACCUCUAUAGUGAUCAUAGACACAGUGGGUGGAACAAACCACACCAUGGCAGAGAUGCCCUGUGAUGGGGCGCAGUAUUCCUUCCUGUCAUGUGUGGUAGUAACUGUAACCAUGGCGCUUUUCCUGCGAGUGUCCUGGCUCCCCAAAAUGCUUCUGCUCCUCCUACUGGCCGUCAGCUACAUAACUGUGCUGGAGUUAAGUGGAUACCGGCGCACAGUGCCAGGGGGCAGUGUAGGUUUACUGAACGUGCGCUCCUAUGAGCCCAUCCUGUCACUGCUGCUCUUUUCCAGUGCUCUGGCUCUGCAUUCCCGCCAACUCGAGCUCAAACUACGCCUCGACUUCCUCUGGGCUACACAGGCAGAGGAGGAAAGGGAUGGCAUGGAGAAGGUCAAACUGGACAACAGGAGGAUACUCUUCAAUCUGCUGCCAGUGCAUGUGGCCCAGCACUUCCUAAUGUCCAAUCCCAGAAACAUGGAUCUAUAUUACCAGUCCUAUGCUCAGGUCGGGGUGCUCUUUGCCUCCAUUCCCAACUUCAAUGACUUCUACAUCGAGCUGGAUGGGAACAACAUGGGCGUGGAAUGCCUGCGUCUGCUUAACGAGAUCAUAGCUGAUUUUGAUGAGCUGAUGGAUAAAGAAUGCUACAAAGACAUUGAAAAGAUCAAAACUAUUGGCAGCACGUAUAUGGCGGCUGUGGGAUUGGUACCCACAACUGGCAGCAAGAUUAAAAAGUCCACUGAAACCCACCUCAGCACAAUAGCCGAUUUUGCCAUCGAGAUGUUUGACGUUCUAGAUGAAAUCAACUACCAGUCAUAUAAUGAUUUUAUCCUGAGAGUGGGUAUAAAUGUGGGUCCUGUAGUGGCAGGUGUUAUUGGGGCUCGAAGGCCUCAGUAUGAUAUCUGGGGCAACACAGUAAAUGUGGCCAGUCGGAUGGACAGUACUGGAGUUCCCGGCAAGAUCCAGGUGACAGAGGACGUGUACCGCCUGCUUCAAAACGACUAUGACCUGGUGUGUCGUGGUAACAUCAGUGUGAAGGGUAAAGGGCAGAUGCUGACCUACUUCCUGGAGGGCAGAUCUCAGGGCACCGGUCAGCGGGCACCUGAGCGCUGUAAGAGCGUGUAUUCUAUGGGUCGAGCCGCUAGGGUUGGGGUGGGCACAGCACACAGCUCCAACCAAAACCCUACUCAUAGCCCUGCUCCAGGCCUCUCUGUCUCAUAUGUUGUUGGAAACGUGGAAGAUGAAGAGGACACAGAGGAGGAGGCGAAAGGAGAAGUGUAAGAUGGGUGAAAUGCUUCAGGAGCUCAAGACGGGCACUCCAAAGUCAGUACAGAGCUUUAAUGGGUCAAAAAAGAGCUGAAUUGUUUGGUUGUUGGUUUCUUGAUCUUUCUAGACUUUUUGGAAGGUUGGAAACGACAACUGGGCCCACACAGGAUAUCAAAACAAGGAUACGUUUGUGUUGAGCUAUGAGAAGUCUGGGAAAGGGGGGCAUGUCAGGUGGAAUUCUGUCUUCCCUUUUCAAUGGGUUCUUUCUAGUUUGCCAUUAAAGUUGAAAGCCUGGUCCGGUCUGAAUAUGAACAAAACCCUGGUGAUCUGCUUUGUUGGAUUUUUAAACCUGCACACUUUUUUAAUAGGAGGUAAAG